AUGAACGUAACCAAAAUCAACAAUUUGAACAGCACGUCUAGUUUGAACAAAGGAAAUGAGAAGCUUUUGCUGGUGCAGGUACUGGUGGGGAUACUUCUGUAUGUAAACGGACUGAUGAUUUUCACCUUUCUGAAGAAAGAGACCUUCAGGGAAACACGCUACAUUCUGUUUGCUCAGACUCUUUUUGCUGACUCUGCUCUUAUGCUGUUGACUGAUUUAACCCUCAUGGGGUCGUUUUACCAGUACCCUGUGCAUAUAAUUCCUUGCUAUAUCUUCUGCACACUUACAUCUUUGGUCUCUGUUGUUUCACCCAUGACUCUUGUAGCCAUGUGUUUGGAGCGCUAUGUAGCCAUAUGUAUGCCUUUAAGACAUUCCAGUAUCUCCACCCCUAAAAACACCUUCAUUGGGAUUCUUGUCAUAUGGAGUGUCAGUUUUAUCAUCCCAUUGUUUAUUUUCAUAGUCUGUUUUGUCUAUAUUCCUCCUGGUGUCUUGCGCCUUUAUGUUGUGUGUACAGUGGAGGCCAUGUUACAGGUAAAAUGGCUGGCAGACAUGAGAGCGACGAGUCUGCAGCUCUUAUUCAUCAUGAUGUUGUGUAUUAUUGUCUCCACCUACAUCAAGAUUGUGUUGGCGGCCAGAUCUGCCUCCUCAGAGAGGAAAAACUCAACAAAUAAGGGUCUCAAAACUAUAAUUCUCCAUGGUGUUCAGCUGCUUCUGUGUAUGAUGCAGCUUUUAAUCCCUUACAUAGAAAUGCCUUUAUGGAAAGUAAAUGUCAUGCUAUUUGUGAAUGUAAGAUACUCAAAUUUCAUUUUGUUUUUGAUCUUGCCUCGUUGUCUGAGUCCCUUAGUUUAUGGAUUACGAGAUGAAAAGUUUUAUAAUGCUCUUAAAUAUUACGCCUUUUGUGGCAUUUUGGUUUGUAAUAAGCACAAAAUAAGAGAUGGUAAAACCUUUAGAGGUGUAGUAAGCAUUUCCAUACACAAUUAA